GGUGUCCAAAUAAGGCUCGCAAGUGACGCAGAAGCAGCUCACAUGAGUUUCACGGCAGUGUGAGUGAGAAGCAUCGGACAGCCGGGAAUCAGACACCUCCGAGUGCACAGGCCUGGGUUUGAGUGAGAAGAGACAGUCAGAUGAUGAUGGCGACGACCAUGGUGACGAUGAAACAAACAGAGAUUCAGUACAAUAACGGCUACAUGCAGGAGGAGUACAUGGUGCAGGAGGAUGAGUGGGACCGGGACCUGCUGCUCGACCCCGCCUGGGAGAAACAACAGCGCAAGACUUUCACUGCAUGGUGCAACUCACAUCUGCGUAAGGCUGGGACUCAGAUUGAGAACAUAGAGGAGGAUUUCCGCAAUGGACUCAAGUUGAUGCUCCUUCUGGAACUCAUCUCAGGUGAAAGGCUGUCUAAGCCAGACAGAGGAAAAAUGCGAUUUCACAAAAUAGCCAAUGUGAACAAAGCCCUGGAGUACAUCACCAGUAAAGGGGUAAAGUUGGUGUCCAUCGGAGCUGAAGAGAUUGUUGAUGGAAAUGUAAAGAUGACUUUGGGAAUGAUCUGGACCAUUAUCCUCCGCUUCGCCAUCCAGGACAUCUCAGUGGACGAAACCUCAGCUAAAGAAGGUUUGCUGCUGUGGUGCCAGAGGAAGACGGCUCCUUACAGGAACGUCAACAUCCAAAACUUCCACGGCAGCUGGAAGGAUGGCCUGGCCUUCUGCGCCCUGAUCCACAGACACAGACCUGAUCUGAUUGACUACUCCAAACUCAACAAGGAUGAUCAUCUAGGCAACCUGAACCUGGCUCUGGAAGUUGCAGAGAAACACCUCGACAUCCCCAAAAUGCUGGAUCCAGAAGACAUCAUCAACACUCCCAAACCUGAUGAGAGAGCCAUCAUGACCUACGUGUCCUGCUUCUACCAUGCUUUUGCUGGAGCUGAGCAGGCGGAGACCGCUGCUAACAGGAUUUGUAAAGUUCUUGGGGUCAACCAGGAGAAUGAGAAGUUCAUGGAAGACUAUGAAAAACUAGCAAGUGAGCUGCUUGAGUGGAUCCGCAGCACCACCCCGUGGCUGGAGAACCGCUCUCCCGAGACCACUGUGGCAGCCAUGAAGAAGAAACUUGAAGAUUUCCGUGACUAUCGUCGCAUUCACAAGCCGCCUAAAGUGCAAGAGAAAUGUCAGCUGGAGAUCAGCUUCAACACGCUGCAGACUAAACUGCGUAUCAGCAACAGGCCUGCCUACAUGCCCUCUGAGGGAAAGAUGGUGUCGGACAUUAUGAGUGCAUGGCAGGGUCUGGAGCAGGCAGAGAAAGGUUACGAAGACUGGUUGCUGAAUGAACUUCGACGCUUGGAGCGUCUUGACCACCUGGCCAUGAAAUUCCAGCAGAAGGCGUCCACCCAUGAGAGCUGGGCUAAAGGUAAGGAUGGGUUCCUGACUCUGAAGGACUAUGAGCAGGCCUCUCUGACCGAUGUGCGGGCUCUGCUUCGGAAGCACGAGGCAUUCGAAAGCGACCUCGCUGCACAUCAGGACCGAGUGGAGCAGAUCGCAGCCAUCGCACAGGAACUCAAUGAACUGGACUACCAUGCAGCAGCAGACAUUAACAAGCAUUGUCAGCAGAUAUGUGAUCAGUGGGACCAGCUGGGAACUCUGACUCAGAAACGGAGAGAGGCCCUGGAGAGGACGGAAAAGUUGCUGGAGACAAUUGAUCAGCUCUUCCUGGAGUUUGCUAAAAGGUCUGCUCCAUUUAAUAACUGGAUGGAGGGAGCCAUGGAGGACCUGCAAGACAUGUUCAUAGUGCACAGCAUAGAGGAGAUAGAGAGCCUGAUUUCAGCCCAUGACCAGUUCAAAACGACGCUGCCUGAGGCAGAUGUGGAGAGACAGACCAUCCUGAACAUCUACAACGAGGUGCAGAAAAUCACCCAGACUUACCACAUCUCUCCCGACCUCACCAACAUCUACUGCACCAUCACCCCAACUGAGAUCAACUUCAAAUGGGAGAAGGUGAAGAGGCUGGUCCCUCAGAGGGAUACUGCAUUACGGGAUGAGUUGUCCAGGCAACAAGCCAACGAGCGCCUCAGGAGGCAGUUUGCGGCCCAGGCCAAUGCGAUCGGACCCUGGAUACAGACACGCAUGGAGGAGAUUGCACACUGCUCAGUGGAUACAGGAGCCACUUUAGAGGAUCAGAUGAAUCAGCUGAAGCAGUAUGAGGGUAUGAUCAUCAACUACAAGCCCAACAUCGACAAGCUGGAGGGAGAUCACCAGGUCAUCCAGGAGUCACUCAUAUUCAGCAACAAACACACCAACUACACCAUGGAGCAUAUUCGUGUUGGAUGGGAGCACCUUCUGACGACUGUGGCUCGAACCAUCAACGAGAUCGAGACUCAGAUCCUGACACGUGACGCCAAGGGCAUCAGUCAGAAGCAGCUCACCGAGUUUCGCUCAUCCUUCAGCCACUUUGAUAGGAAGAAGAAAGGAAAAAUGGACAUAGAUGAAUUCCGUGCGUGUCUCAUCUCCAUGGGAUAUGACCUGGGUGAGGCGGAAUUUGCUCGGAUCAUGUCAGUGGUCGAUCCGAAUGGGACUAAAACGGUGACGUUCCAGUCGUUUGUGGACUUCAUGACCCGUGAGACGACGGAGACUGACACUACUGAACAAGUCGUCGCCUCUUUCAGGAUCCUUGCUGGUGAUAAGCCGUAUAUAAUGAUCGAAGAGCUGAGGCGUGAGCUGCCUCCUGAACAGGCUGAUUACUGCAUUGCCAGGAUGCCUCUGUAUACCGGGCCUGACGGAAUGCCCGGAGCCUUGGAUUACCAGGCCUUCUCUUCUGCCCUCUACGGAGAGAGUGAUCUUUAAACACACAUAUACAUAUUUCUUUCAAAUUGCAAUGUUACAUUACUGUUUCUAGCACUCCCUUUUCCAACGACUUUCCCUCAUGACUCAAAAACCUGCUAUCAACUACAACACAAUGUUUUUCCUCCAGUCACAUUUCACUCCAAGAGAUCAUUUAACAAACCUCAGGGUCGCUGUUUAAUGAUUAUCACAAUGACGGAUGAUGGAAAGUCAACAAGAGUGCUUUAAAAACAGUACUGGAACACAGCUUCUUCUUUUUUUUUCCUUCAAUAACAUGAAAGUCCCUUACGGAAAAAGCAGUACUGCUGAAAACUGGUUUAAGAUUGGAAGAAUAAAAGAGGAAAAGAAAUGAAACAUUAAUUCCUUCAUUAAUUCUGAACCAGAAAAAAAAUUGAGUAUGCUGCUUAAAUAUUUUAAUCAGGUUGUCUAUUGAUUAAAUUAGUUGUACAACCAGAGGUGGAUAAAAUACCCAACUUCGUCAAAUAUUACUCCGAUACAAGUGAAAGUUCUCCAGUCAAAUUUUUUACUCAAGUUAAAGUACUGAAGUACUUGCUUUUAAAAAUACUGAAGUAUUAAAAGUACAUUUUCGGUCAAUGCAUCGUUGUAUUAUUGACACAACGCUGACAAAACCUAAUGCCGUUACCAAAGACAGAAUUCACAAAAUGAACGCAUGCUGUGCCAUCAUGAUGGUUUAACGUUAAGCUAGCUAGUCAGUGAAACUCCACCUGACAUGCUAGCAAACUCUUUCCAAACUCGAAAUCAUAUUGGGUAGCUAACGCUACUAGAAAAGAAAGAUUUCUACAUUCUGUUUAUUUGGCAAGUUUAUGCUAAACCAUAUUUCUGAAAGGACUUCAGCUAAGUUAACAUUAUUCAUGUUAGCGUAACUCUGUUUUUACAUGCUAACUAACAGUGUCCAAGUUAACUAGCUAUGUGUUAACGUUGGCCGUGGACGAGGCUACGGCAACUUGACGGGCAAAUCCAUAGAAAGUCAUUUGACUAACCAGACUGCAUAGUUAUUGCAACGUUAUCACUAGCUCUAAAAGCACAGACAACUUCAUUGCAAGCUUUCUCUUGGAAAAAAACGUUUAUAUCCCUCAAUAUGCUUCCGCAGGUUGGACGGUGAGUUUUUGUAGGCCAUGAUGUGGUUCGUUUUCGGCAAACAAAGCAAACAUUUAAAAUGAAAUGAAUCUUUAAUCCUUUCUGAAAACUGAAAUAUGGUUUCUAGGUAUGGCUAUGAGUGCGUGCAUUCCCCAGAAGAACCGCCUCCUUCCGUUCUGCUUGUGUUAAAUAAUGCUGCGGAGAAAUCGUUGAACUUGAUUUUAUCCAGUCUAUGGACGUGACGUGACCCUAGUGAUUACUGAUCGGCUCUCAGUGUCACCUGAGAAAAAAAACAAUCAAGUUUUAAAAAAGAAAAGAAAAAAACAUCCACUUUCAAAGCCGCUUCAUAGUAACGAGUAACGAGGACCUUGAUAGAAAUGUAGUGGAGUAAAAAGUACGAUAUUUGCCUUUCAAAUGUAGUGAAGUUAGUCAUAAGUUUCCAAAAAAAAUUAUACUCAAGUAAAGUACAGAUACUCAAAAAGCGUACUUAAGUACAGUACUCAAGUAAAUGUACUUCAUUACUGUCCACCUCUGUGUACAACUAAUUUCAUACGAGGAUAAUACACUCCAGAAUCAGUUUUGGACUUUUUGAAUGUGGAAUUGUAACUCAGCAACAAUCACUACAAGCCUCUAAUGAUUCGUUUUCAGCUGUUUUGUUGGUAAGUAAGUGGAUAUUUGUAAUCAUGAACAUGGCUCACACAGAUAUUCACAAAUAAUGAUAAUCCAAUAAAGUCUAAAUGAUAGCAAA